CCUGUGGAGAGCAGCACGCGGCUCCUGUGAGCGUGCAGCCGCCUCAGCUCUCGCGCAGAGGAAGAGCGCGGAGUGAGACGUCACAUGGAGGAGAUGCGACCCGCAGCAGCCGCCUCACUACUAAUCACACAACAUUAACACGGCCAGCUAGUGCGAGCUAACCUAGCCUAGCCUCCUAUAUUUAUACAUACACAUAUAUAAAUACACACAUAAAUAUAUUCACGCAUAAGUCGCCUUCGCUUUAUCGCACAGCCGGACUCUGGAGACAGACGCCAGCUGCUCGUCUCGGUCCCUCCGCCGCCGUGGCCUCGUCUUUGCAGCCAACUGACAGGCUAAUUUUCGGGCUAGUUUAGCUUAGCUUAGCUUAGCUUAGCUUGGCGAGGCUAAGCUACAGCUAUAGCUAUAGCUGUGGUAAACUUUGCGUCAUGGAUGAACUCGUCGUGGAAGUGAGGGGAACGAGCGGGGCUUUUUAUAAGGCCUUUGUGAAGGAUGUUCACGAAGGAUCGGUCACCGUGGCAUUUGAAAACAACUGGCAGCCGGAGCGUCAGAUCCCGUUCCAGGAUGUGCGUUUCCCUCCUCCGACGGGUUUCUGCAAGGAGAUAAACGAGAGCGACGAGGUCGAGGUAUAUUCCAGGGCUAAUGACAAGGAGCCAUGUGGAUGGUGGCUAGCCAAGGUUCGCAUGGUCAAAGGAGAGUUUUACGUAAUAGAGUACGCCGCAUGUGACGCUACGUUAAAUGAGAUAGUGACGCUGGAGCGGCUACGGCCGGUCAACCCCAACAAGCCAGCCACCAAAACCACCUUCAUCAAGAUCAGACUCGACGUGCCCGAGGAUCUACGGCAGAUGUGCUCAAAGGAGUCGGCACACAAAGACUUCAAAAAGGCCGUGGGAGCGUUCAACGUCGUCUACGACUCGGAGAAGAAGCAGCUGGUCAUUUUGUCGGUGAAUGAGGUCACAACAAAGAGGGCCAACAUGAUGAGCGACAUGCACUUCAGGAGCCUGCGCACCAAACUGUCACUCAUGCAGAGGAACGAAGAGGCCAGCAGACAACUGGAGAGUUCCAGACAGCUGGCGUCACGGUUUCACGAACAGUUUGCGGUUCGGGAUGACCUCAUGGGUCUGGCGAUCGGGACUCACGGGGCCAACAUUCAGCAGGCGCGCAAAGUCCCUGGAGUCACUAACAUAGACCUGGACGAGGAGACGUGCACCUUUCACAUAUAUGGAGAGGACCAGGACGCUGUACGCAUCGCCAGGAGUUUCCUGGAAUUCUCCGAAGAUGUCAUCAAAGUUCCCCGGAAUUUAGUAGGCAAGGUGAUUGGCAAAAAUGGCAAACUUAUCCAGGAGGUGGUCGAUAAGUCUGGGGUGGUGCGGGUUCGCAUCGAGCCCGAAAACGACAAAAAGCCGUCAGCGGCAGCGGCGGCGGCAGCAGACGAGGGAAUGGUGCCAUUUGUGUUUGUGGGGACCAAGGAGAGCAUCUCCAAUGCUACAGUACUGCUGGACUAUCACCUCAACUACCUUAAGGAGGUGGAUCAGCUUCGUCUGGAGCGCCUCCAGAUCGACGAGCAGCUCAGACAGAUCGGAGGGGGAGGUGGAGGAGGAGGAGGGACGGGGCCUCGAAACCUUAAAGACAAAACCUACGUGUUCGACAACGGCAUGGGUCUGGGGAUGGGGAGAGGAGCAGGAGGAGGCGGAGGAGGAGGAAAGCCCUACACAGGAGGGGGAGGAAGAGGCGGCAGAGGGCGACGAGGUGGAGGUGCGGCAUUCGCCUCAGGCACCAACUCCGAGGCGUCCAACGCUUCAGAGACGGAGUCGGACCACAGAGACGAGCUCAGCGAUUGGUCGCUGGCCCCCACCGAGGAGCUCAUGACAGGAGGCGGGACCCUGCCCAGACGAACAGACGGGAGGAAGAGAGCAGGCGGAGGAGGGCCGCGAGGACGAGGAGGGAGAGGAAGAGGAGGCGGAGGGUAUAAAGGUGACGACAUGCAGUGGAGCGAGCCGAGACCUCGUCAUAUCAGAGACCCCAAGACAAGAGCGCAGGAAGACACUCUACAGAUCCGCGUGGACGGUAACAACGAGCGUAGCGUGCAGCACUCCUCAGGGGGCCGAGGAGGAGGUGGAGGAGGGCCUUCCUCAUCCCAGGGUGGCAUCAGCGCCGGCGGUGACGGCCCGCCUCGCCAUCACCAUCAGAGACCCAUCAGAGACCGAGGGAUGAAGAAGGACAAACAGGACGCUCCUCCUCCUCCGCUGGUGAACGGAGUGUCGUAGACACACCACUGGAGGACCUUCUCGCUUAGACACACACACACACACCCAGGCAACUUGUCAUAAACCAUCAUAGUCUCUCUCUCUCUCGCUUUUUUUUCUUUUCUCUGUCUUUGUCAAACACAUCAAUACACAUAUUUUCAUCAGCAUGGAAGAGUUUACCGUAUUAAAGUGGAACACCAGAGUUGACCUGGUCUGAGGUCUUUUUGAGUGUACUGGUCUGGUGUCUCCUGUUCUCCUGCGACGGAGUGACGGCUGAAAGAAAACGGCACUUUUUGGACAAAACGGAAAAGAAGAGGAGGGAUUCUCUCACAGAGGCAUUAACUCUUAAACAUGCUCUCUGAUCCAUCAAAUGCAAAUAAUCAGUUACUUGUUUUUUUUGCUUUCUUUUUUUUUUAAUCAGCUAAAUUAAAUGAUUUUAUCCACGGCGGUCCUGUUUGGACUCGCUCACAUCAGAAAAAAGGAAACGAGUCAAAGAAGUCGAGGAAAGUUCAGAAGGCAGGAUGUUAUGCACUGUAGAGAUGAUCUGUGUUUCCUACAGGUUCUGAAUUUAUUUUUGGUGGUCAUCUGAAUAUUUUGGGAGCAUCGAAUUUCUAAUACACGGAGACGAGAAGUGAUUGAGCAUCUUUUAGGUGCAGAGAGAGACUUGAUAACAUCCAAAAUUGCAGUCUGCAGAGUUCAAACAACAGGGAUGCAUGAGCAAUGAUUUGCCAGCGAAUACUUGAUCUCAUCGUGGAAGUCAUCUGUGUUUUGUUCCCUGUUGCCAAAAUAAUGUAAAAUCCCGGCUCGACUGUCAGACCAAGUGUGAAUUCAACAACGUAUUAGCCGCACCAGUGGAGAAACAUAAAUCUGAGGCACUCUGAUGCAAAUUAACUGUUCAAAAGCCUUUUACAGACGCAGAUGCUACAACUUCAGCAGUACAAAAUGUCACGCACUGCUGUUCUUUUAAAAAAAUCGAUUACCUGUCACAUGACCUGCGCUGCCGAAAAGCGUUCAGUCCGUUGAAUCCACGCCGACUCCGAACAGAACCAGCCAAACUUCCCAAAUUUACUGUACAGACGUAGUUUAUAAGUAGGCUGCUUGAGGAUCAUAAAGGAAGAAAACUGCUUUGUUUUUAUUUUUAUUUCCCCGCACAGAAAUGUCCACAGUGAAAUCAAUCAUUACAAAUACCGUUAAUAACGUCAGAACAGCGUGUACAGCUGUCUGUGAAAGAUUACGCUUCGUUACGUGCAGAAAAACAUGGUGUCCCAGGAGAGGAGGUGACUCGACUUUGACACUGAAAAGAAUCACAAAAAAACUAGACACAACAGCUACUGUAAAUCUAAAUACUUCAUGAAAUGUAGCAUUGAUGAAAAAGAGAUUACACAUCCAGCGAACAAUGAGCAGAACCCUCAGGUAAACCCUGUAUAUUCAGUGUACAGUCACUCAUGAAUCCUGAAGAAGUUCUGUUCUCCCGAUCAUCAUUUAUCUCACUGCUAAAGACAUCCUGUACCAGACUGAUGAGUCUUCCCAGCCUCAGCAGCAGUGGGAUGUUUUCACAUUUAAUAAUUAAUUUUGGAUAAGACGGUUCACUUAGUUCCAAACCUGACGAGUUUAGUAGGAUUAAGGCGGCAACAUCGUGUCACCUGAUCACUUUUUUUUUUUUCCCCUUUUAAUUUAUGAAAAGCGUUUUUGUAUUUGACCUUUUUUUGUUUGUUUUUGCAGUUAGGAAACCUGUUUGAAGUUUUUCUGUAGAAGAAACGAAACGUUUCAUCGAGUUACAUCUUUUGAAAAUAAAACAUUUGCUGUAAGUUUUCUUCUUCCUGGUUUUCUAAACUUAUUCUGGGCCCGCCCCUCUAACUUAAACAUUUUUAUGUUUUCAUCUUGUUUUUAAUUUUCUGUUGGGUGCAUUUUGUAAAUGAUAGAGCAACAGGAUGGAGUCCGACAGAUUUACAUUCACUUACACCAAAAUAUAAUCUCUAUGAAAUCACAGUAUCAGGUAUUGUUGCGUGACAGCAAAGGCGUUCAUCUGUGUGUGCAUGAUCUUGGUGCUUUUAAACGUGCAGGAUGUCACCUGACUAAGAAGCGGCUCUAAGGUCGAGAGUUUAAUGAAGAUUUCUGAGCCUCCUUUGUGAAUUCUCCUCUGGAUUAGCAGCAAAGUGUUCAACACAGUCUGUCAGUUUUCUGCCACUCAUCUCCGUCAUAAUGAGACUUUUCUUUAUCUUUGUGCCUUGGAUUUAUGCUCCUGCAUUUAAUUCAAUCUGGCCCAUUUCUCUGAAUAGAUUAAUCUCCUUUUUUUUUUUCAUACAUGCGUGUUUGUUGUGCGGGUGAUUCUGUGACCCCCUGUAUGUAUUUGUAUGAAUUCCUUUUUUGGAGGGAGGCACCAAUGGUGCAAGAUGACUUCUGCGACAAUUUCUGGUGAUUCAUUUAGUCCCAGAUCAGAUCCAGUCUUCUGUCGUUGCUCUAAACUUUAUCUGACUUGACACACAAAAAAAAAAAGAGGACCAGACAGCGAUGCCAUCAAAGUUAACUUUGUCUAAUCAGAUCAGACAAAACAAACGAUCUGACUUGGAGCCUUCAUCUCGAGGCGUCCCAGACGUCCGUGCGGUUUGACACCUCCAGAGAGUUGACUGACUUCAAAAAGCUUCUGCGUGGAAAUGACCUCUGUGGCCUCGUCGACAAAAUAAACAGAGUUCAGCGUAGGUGGCGUGAAGGCCUUUUUAAAGAUCAUGUAUGUUCUCAGUUGACCCAAAUUAUGUCCUAAUAUCAAACUGACUGCAGUAACAUCGAUGGACUAGUGUAGAAAGUAUUUGUAGAUUUAUGAUCGAGUGGAGACGGAUAAUAGCAUUAGUUUGAAUUUAAAAAAAAAGAAAUAAAAUGUGAGAAAGUCAUUGUGAAACAAAGCAUAAGAAAAAGAGUUUCUCGAGGUUUCUCUGUGCAUUCAUCUGAAAACACAAUAUGACAUCAUAAAACUGCAUCUUUAUGAAAUAUUUGGGCCAGCUGUUUAUUCAGGUUUAGCUUCUCUGUGUGCAAUUGUUGUAGGAUGACGUACUUAAAUGAAAUGAAGCUCCUCUUUUUGUCCUUUGUUAAUAAUAGAUGAGAAGAUCGAGGUCUGUGCGAAGUACAGCUCAGCCCAGUUAAAGACAGGAAACAGCUGGGCUGGCUUUGUCCAAAAUCGGCUGAUCGGCACGUCUGAAAUUUGUGAUUUUUAAAGUGUGCUACUUUCCAGACAGCUUGUUUUUCUGCUGCUGCCGCCAGCAUUUAUGCAAAGCUAAGCGAACCAACUGCUCAUCUAGGAUCAUACUUAAGAGACUGACACUAACGAUCUUCUCGUCUUAACUCAUCCAGAAAGUGUUGAACUCUCCUGAUAAGGAGCGGAUUAUAUAGGCUGAAUUAUGAUUCGGACGUCGGUGUGAAUGCUCAGAGGAACCUCCAACAAUAUUUUGUGUGACAUGUGCCUUUUUAAAUUGUGGCUAGUAUCACAAACCUAGACAUGUAAAUCAGGGAUGAUGAGACGUUCAUAACCAGGACCAGAUGUGUUUAAAGGUGGCUACUUCCUGUCGUGGCAUUAGAGAUUCACCUUCUUCACCUGGCAAAACGCCGAGUAUUUCCGAGCUCCCUUUUUAAAAAAACGAAAAAAGUCGGAUGUUGACCGUACACACCAGGAAACUGCCCUCUUUAACCACCUGACCCUUUUUUAAAACACUGACGGUGUCGUGUCCUUGUACAGUCGACGAACAUAAGCCUGUAGCUUAUGACCUGGUUCAACUGAUCUGUGAAAUGGACUUUUGUAGACCAGUGCAGUUUGUGACCUUUUUGGCGCCUUUGGUUCUUGCUCCAAACUCAAAGACGACCAUUUCUCCAUACAGACCCUCCUCUCCCCCCCUUUUUUAAAAACAAAAAAAAAAAAAAUGUUAUCUUGAGAUGCAAAAUGUUGUGACCCAGUGAAACUUUAUUCCCUCUCUUCCCCCGGAAAGUAACGAAAAAGGAAAACGGUUGCAGAGGUUGAGCCAGGUCUCAUCUUUACCAGAGAUCAGUGUACCUUUCUAGUCUUGCGAUGCAUGUACAUCUUUAUUAUGGAUUUUGGAGACUUUCUGUAGGUUUGAAAAAAAAAAAAAAGACACACAUAAGUUUAGUUUUUGUUUGUUUUUUUGUUUUUGUUUUUUUAAUCAGUGUUACUUUGUCUCACUUCUCAGCUGGAGUCAAUGACACAUGGUGAACUUUUACCUUUUUAGAAAAUGUCACAAAGAAACGGUAAUGUAACAUGAGUAACGAUUCAUGAUUUUUUUUUUUAUUUUAAGGAGUUUAUUUCUCUUUUUCAAAAGUAUUAUUGGUGUCAAUUUCUCUCUCACUAAUCUGUUAGGACCUUUUUUUUUCUUUCUUUGCUUUCACUCGCCGCGCACACUGCAGCCAUGUUGCAUUUUGUUCCCAGUAAGCAUUUCUCUGCAGUGAAAGUGAAAGUAACCUCUAUAUUGUCAAUAGAGCAUCAACAGUAUGGAGUUGCUUUGUAUUGUUAAAAAAAACAACAAAAAACAACAAAAAAAUCAAAAAAAAGAAACAAAACACACAAAAAAAAGAUGGAAAAAAGAAAGGAGGGUGGCAUACUGUAUAUAAUGAUGUCAUUAUUUGUCUGAGAAAAGAUUUGUACUAUUGUUUCAAAUGUGCACUUAUCCUGAGAUUUUCUUUUUUUGCUGUUUAAUAUCAGUUAAAUGCUAGAACUCUUGAUAAUAAACUUAAUGAUGUGUGAAAAAAUAGUACAUCCUCUAUAGCAGGGUUGAGCCACACACAGCUGUCACUAAUAACGAAACGUCCAUAGUGCUGCAGAAAAAAAGAAAAAAACAAAAACGCGUUAAACUACAGAAAGAGGCUGAGUUGGUUAUUGAUCCUAUUGGGGGGGGAAAUCCACCCUAAAACUGACAACAGUGACUGAAUCUCCAUUUUGAGAUGAACGCUCCUUUACAAUGCAGAGUUCAGUCAGUGGCUUUGUUGGCAUGGUAACAGUAUUUAAAGUGAUACUCCACCCAAAUAUGUUAAUUAUACCUGUAAGUUAUAACAGGUUGUAAUAAUGUCUGCGCUCUCAAAAAACAAACUUUGCAUACAGCAGGUGGAUUAUAUGUUGGAUUUGGAACUGACUACAAGCGGGACCACCUUAAAUAUUUGCUGUUAUUUGGGUGGACGAGACUUAUUUUCAACCACACCUCGGUGUCUUCCUCGUUCACUCAGUUCUUGUAUACAUCCACAAAGUUCUGCUCUGUGGUCAUCUCGAGGAGGAUCCUUUGAAUGAGACUGAAUUAAAAGCUUAAAAAAUAAAAAAAAACUGCAAGUGCAAUCAAGAGUGUCAAAAGAAAAAUUGACAAUUAGUAGCAGUUGUUAAGAUUUAAAGGAGUAGUUAGACAUUUUCACAGUUUAGCAUAGAAAAAAAAAAGACUAGAGGCCUGGGGAAACAGCCUGGCUCUCUCAGAAU